AUGCGCCGAGAGCUUAAUAUCGUUCCUCGUUCUAGCAGCACUCCGUUAUCCCCGCCCCUCCAGCGCCUUCUCUCGGCUCUCCACGCCUGGCUUGCUGCGUCCGCUGCGCCGGAUGCCGCGCCGGUGGCUCCGCCAGCGGCGAGGGGGCGGGCGGAGGCCGUAGGGCGGGGCUGCGCGAGGAAGCCCGCGCGCGUGCGCGUGGUGAGGGCAGCGGAGGCCGUGAGUGAGGGGAUGCUGGCGGAGGGCGCACGGGGAGGGGGAGGUGCUGAUGGGAAGGGGAAUGGAAUCGACAAUGAGAAUGUGGGUGAUGCUAACGAGUAUGUGACUAAUGCGAAGGGGAACGCAGAUGAUGGUGUGGAUGCAGGAGCAGAAGACAGCCUGGCAUGGCAGGUGCUAUGUGGUACUGAUGCGCCUCGGCUGAUGGUCCAAGCCAUGGCUGCUGCAGGGUACGCAGUUGCGGAUGCGCACGCUGCCAUGCAGCGGUCGCAGCGGCUAUGGCGUCACUGGCUGGCAUCUCACCUCUUCCUGCUGCUCCCCCACCACGCCCUCUCUGUCUUCUGA